AUGAAUAGUAAAAUCCGUAGGAAUUUUUCCUUUUAUUCCUUUGAUUCAAAUAAUGAUGGAAAGACUUUUUACAGAUCAUUUAGAUAUGUUUGUUUAGGUGUAUGUAUUAUAGGAACUUUAUAUCUAUCAUUAAAUAAUACAUAUGAAUAUAAUCCUUCCAAAGUAAUACAAUUUAAUAAUGUAAAUACACGAACAUUAGCUGAGGUAAGCGUUUUAAAUGCGCCAUCAUUAGGAAAUGAAAAUUUUAAAAAUAGUCAUGUAGAAGAUACAGAUCAUAUGAGAAGUUGCUGUCAAAAUGAUGAUAACACAAAUAAUGAGGAAAAUGAAAAUAAUGAAUCAGAAAAUAGAACAAAUGAUAUUGAUAAUAGAAGACAAUUAAAAAAACAACAAUUACAGGAUAAAAUAGAUGCUUUAACAUCAAUUCCAUCAAGUGAACGUCUUAUGAAAUUAUGGAAACAAACAAUAGAUGUAUGUACAGAAGGAUUACAAUCUGUAAGAGAUGCAUUAGGUGAUUAUAAAAAACACUAUGGAAAAGGUGGUGAAGGUAACAGAAGAGGUGGAAGUACAAAUGAUAAUACAGAUUAUCAUAAGGAAUUUGAUCAAAGAUUAUCAAUUCAUCAAGAUUAUUAUACGAGUAAAUUUAAUGAUUUAAUUCAAAAAGAACUAACAGUUGAUGAACUAAGAACCUUUAUCCUUAUAUUUAUAGGAUUUUUCCAUAAUUUGAUUGAUUAUCUAUUUCAUAGAUAUAAAAUUAAAUAUAUGCAAGCAGGUAUGCCUAUACCUGUAGAAGGAACGAUUGAUGAACCGAAGAGGAGAAAAGAAAAACGCCAAAAAGAAGAACGAAGUGAAGAAAAUCUUGACGAAAACCCAGAAAAAAACAUUGAAGAGAACCCAGAAGGAAAUUCUGAAGAGAAUCCUGAAGAAAACAUCGAGGAAAACCAAGAAUAA